AUGGCAGUGGGACGAGAGAAGGAAAACGAGAAAAAUCUGGGUGCCGGGAUUCCGGCGGCUUGUCUUCUUCCAUUGCACUUCCCUGGCGUGUGUGGGACGGAACUGGACAUGGAGCAGCAGAGGCCCCCCUUGUUGGAAGUAAAAGGGAACAAGGCCCCUUCUCGACUGCCUCUUCCAGGAAGCAGGCUUAAGAGGGGGCCUGACCAGAUGGAGAAUGCGUUGGAGCCUGAAAAGAAACGGAUACGAGGAUUGGGUCCAGUGACCAAAACUGUCAUGUCUCACCCCAGAGCACCGCCCUUCACUGCAGUGCCACAGACACAAGGCCUGAUGACCGCAUCCCAGAAAGUCCCCAGGACAACAGGAGCCCGGUGUUCUACAGCUGUUGCCACAGUGCCAAAGAGCAAGAAGCCUGUUGCUGCCGUGCCUGCCCAGAAGCCUGACACAUCAUCUGUUCCUCCCGUGGUGGGAGGGAAGAAACCCCGCAAGCGUCCAGCCUGGGACUUAAAGGGUCAGUUAAGUGACCUAAAUGUAGAGCUAAAAUGCUACCGUGAGAAAACUCAGACGUUGGACCAGGAGAACCAACAUUUGCGGGCCCAGCUCAGAGAAGCCCAGCAACAGGCCAAGACCCUGGGGGAAGAACGCAGGACACUAGAAGAGGAGUUAGCCAAGGUGCAAGCCCAGGCAGAGCAAGGCCAACAGGAUCUGGGGACCCUGAGUGCCCGUGUCCUGGAGCUAGAAGAACAGCUGAGCACACAGGAAAGCUUGGUGCGAGAACUCCAGAAAGAACAGUUGGAAUUGCACGAAGAACAGAGGGGACUGACUGCCCGGCUAGAGGAGCAAGAGAGGAGGUUACAGACAUCAGAAAUGGCUCUGUCAAGCAGCCAGGCCGAGGUGGCAUCACUGCGUCAGGAGACUGCAAUCCAAGUGGCUUUACUGGCUGAGCGAGGAGAACGUCUUCAUGGGCUGGAGAUGGAGCGCCGGCGACUACACAAUCAACUGCAGGAACUCAAGGGCAACAUCCGUGUAUUUUGCCGGGUCCGCCCUGUCCUUCCAGGGGAACCUGCCCCACCCACUGGCCUUUUCCUGUUCCCCACUGGCCCUGGUGGGCCUUUAGAUCCUCCAACCCGUGUCAGUCUCUCUCGGUCUGAUGAACGGCGUGUGACCUUGAAUGGGGCACCAGCCCCUUGCACCCGCCAUGACUUUUCCUUUGACCGGGUAUUCCCACCAGGGAGUGGACAGGAAGAGGUCUUUGAGGAGAUUGCCAUGCUUGUCCAGUCAGCCCUGGAUGGCUACCCAGUGUGCAUCUUUGCUUAUGGCCAGACAGGCAGUGGCAAGACCUUCACAAUGGAGGGUGGCCCUGGGGGAGACCCCCAGGUAGAAGGGCUGAUCCCCCGGGCCCUGCGGCACCUCUUCACCAUAGCCCAGGAACUGGGUGUCCAGGGCUGGACAUACAGCUUCGUGGCAAGCUAUGUAGAGAUCUACAAUGAAACUGUCCGAGAUCUCUUGGCCACAGGGGCCCGGAAAGGACAGGGGGUUGAGUGCAAGAUUCGCCGGGCUGGACCAGGGAGUGAGGAGCUUACUGUCACCAAUGCUCGAUAUGUUCCUGUCUCCUGUGAAGAAGAGGUGGAAGCCCUACUCCAUCUGGCCCGCCAGAACCGGGCUGUGGCCUGCACAGCCCAAAAUGAGCGGUCAUCACGCAGCCACAGUGUGUUCCAGCUGCAGAUCACUGGGGAGCACACUGGUCGGGGCCUACAGUGUGGGGCCCCCCUCAGCCUAGUAGACCUGGCUGGAAGCGAGCGACUAGACCCCAACUUAUCCCUUGGUGCUGAGGAGCGGGAACGACUUCGGGAAACACAGGCCAUUAACAGCAGCCUUUCCACACUGGGGCUGGUCAUCAUGGCCUUGAGCAACAAGGAGUCCCAUGUGCCAUACCGGAACAGCAAGCUCACCUACCUGCUACAGAACUCUCUGGGUGGCAGUGCAAAGAUGCUCAUGUUUGUGAAUAUUUCCCCCCUGGAAGAAAACAGCUCUGAGUCCCUCAACUCUCUGCGGUUUGCCUCUAAGGUGAAUCAGUGUGUUAUUGGAACUGCCCAGGCCAACAAGAAGUGA